CCGCAAGUGUGUAUGCAGCAACUACCUGCGGCUUCCCCCGACGAGAGGGACUAGCCCAGCUCUUGCGCUGGGUCAUGUCGACUGUGGGCCCCACCUGACGAAUGGCUGUGAUCUCACACAACACCCGACCCGUCAAACCUUCCUCGCGCCGAACCGCCGAAAACAUCUCGCUCAUUCAAAAAGUUCCAGUAAGAAGGAAUCGAACUCGUUCUCACGAAUAACAAACACCUCAUCAAAAGGAAAGAACUAGAAAUAUCGAAAGAGUAAAAAAUUAAAAAAUGCUAAUUCAUUUCCACUCUCGAAUCUCUUCCCCAAUCCAUCCUUCGCAUUUCUUCUUCCCAAUCACCAUCGCCAGAACAACCUCAACAAAAAUCAUGUCGUCCAAUCUCCAACAACAACAACAACAACAACAACAACAACGACAACAGCAGCAACAACAACAACAACAACAGCAACACCUCUCCCAAGUCCUCAAAUACCACAACCAAACCAAGCACUCCUUCAACAAAUAUGCUCGUGGGCCCCACGGCCUGGACUGGGCCAAUCAACCCAAUCCCUUCCGUCUCUACCCUCCAUCACCUCUUCUCCCUCUCCAACACCUCCCUCCCCACCCACCCCUACCAAGUGACCCUCUCUACCCUUCCCUCUUCCACUCUCUCCCUACCCCUCCCCAACCCCUUUCCCUCUCCACCCUCUCCCAAUUCCUCUAUGAUUCUCUUUCCCUCUCCGCCUGGAAAACCACUGGCUUCUCCACCUGGUCUCUCCGCGUCAACCCCAGCAGCGGCAAUCUCCACCCUACCGAAGCUUACAUCAUCUCCCCCUCUCUCCCUCCCCUCUCCGACUCUCCCUUCGUCUCCCACUACGCCCCCAAGCAACAUUCCCUUGAGCUCCGUUCCCAAUUCCCACCUUCUUCGUCCGCCUCCUCCUUCUUCCGCCGCUUCUUCCCUGAAAAUUCUUUCCUCGUCGGCCUCUCCUCCAUAUUCUGGCGCGAAUCGUGGAAGUAUGGCGAGCGGGCAUUUCGUUACUGCAACCAUGAUGUUGGCCAUGCGAUCGCGGCUGUUGCUUUCGCCGCUGCUGCGCUCGGAUGGGAUGUUAAGCUGCUUGACGGUCUGGGGUAUUCGGAUUUGGAGAAGGUUAUGGGGUUGGGGUUUGGUCACGGGUUUCAAAUCCCGCCCCAACCGAUCAAGGGUCGGUUACCGGAGCUGGAAUUGGAGCACCCUGAUUGCCUAUUGCUUGUGUUUCCCAGCUCCUCGCAGGGGUUUACUAUCAAUUACACGGAUUUGAGUGCUGCAAUUGCUGAAUUGUUCUCGUCUCUCCAGUGGAAUGGGAGCCCGAAUUCUCUCAGUAAAGAUCAUGUGUGUUGGGAUAUCAUUUACAGGACGGCAGAGGCUGUGAAGAAGCCUCUGACGAUCGAAGCGGGAUUCUCUGCCGUGCCGUUUCAAGGCAGCAAUGGCUCUUUCUCGGAGGGUUCUUACAAGGAUUUGACGGUGAGGGAAGUUGUUAGGAAGCGGAGGAGUGCCGUCGAUAUGGAUGGUGUUCAUGUCAUGGAGAGAGGGACCUUCUAUCAGAUUCUCCUGCAUUGUCUCCCUUCGGGCUCUUCCAAGAAGCAGGGAAAGCAGUUGGCAUUUCCUUAUCGGGUUCUUUUGUGGGAUUCGGAGAUACAUGCAGUCCUCUUCGUUCAUCGAGUGAAGGAAUUACCAAUGGGUUUGUAUUUCUUGGUGAGGAAUGAAGGACAUUUUGAUAGCUUGAAGCGGGCUAUGAAGUCUGAAUUCAAGUGGGAGAAACCAGAAGGUUGCCCUGCGGAGCUGCCUCUCUAUAGACUUGCAAGAGGUGAUUGUAAAGAGCUUUCCAAGAGACUGUCAUGCCAUCAGGACAUUGCCAGCGACGGCUGCUUCAGCCUUGGCAUGGUUGCUCAUUUCGAGCCGACUUUCCGUGAGAAGGAUGCCUGGAUGUACCCCCGGUUGUUUUGGGAGUCUGGCAUUCUCGGUCAAGUGUUGUACCUUGAGGCACAUGCGGUUGGAAUAUCUGCCACUGGAAUCGGUUGUUACUUUGAUGAUGCGGUGCACGAUGUUCUCGGGCUUACAGGUUCAGAGUUCCAGAGCCUUUAUCAUUUCACACUGGGAAGUCCAGUUGUAGACAAGCGGAUAAUGAGCUUACCUGCAUAUCCGGGUCCCAACAUAGAUGCAUGAUGCUUACGGCGUGUGCAGAUAAAUACUGCAAAGAACUGAUCGACCUUGUCAAUCUUCUGUGUAGUUAUUACUGCAGCCAGUCCUUACAUGUGUCUGUAAGCGUCACAUGACUAGACCAUAGUUUUGUGGUCUGAGUUAUGUUGCAGUGAACUGCCUCCUUAUGUACUAAAACCACAGGCUCAUCUGUACUGCUACACGUGUGGCGUAUACAAGGUUCUGUUGUACAGUUGGAAUUCAAUCUAUUUCAUAGGCAUAAAUUUCGGUACUUGGUUCUGCUUUUCAUCUCAUGAUUAUUAUCUGGUACUAGCUUCUGAUUGCUUUUUAAAUGUAUAUAUGCUACAUUGAGGAAAUCAAAGGAUGGGGGGUUGUUGCUUAAAGAAAAAGAAGAUUGUGUGGCUUGUUGC